GAGAGGAAGAUAGAUAGCUCUCUCUCUCUCUCUCUCUCUCUCUUUCGACAAAGAGAGGGAGCAAGAGUGGAAGAAAGUAGAGAGAGCUAGAAGGAGCUGAUGACUAUUAGUUGACUUCAGUAUGCUCGGGAGUUUUGGUUUUGUAAUGAAUUGUCGUUUAUUUUUUUUUCCGAACACAAAUGCACGAGCUACUGCUUGCGUUCUUCCAUAAUAGUCUCCGUGUGGCAAAUGAAAUUACGUGCUUUCCAUAGCAUGUAUCAUCACUCGACUGCUCAUCGAAAGGUUCUCUUCCAUUAAUUGGCCUACAUAAUCGUACUGACAAUUAUGAAUUUGCAAACGCUUUUCCAAGACUUCAAUCCAAGCAAAUUUCUAGUACAUUCGUGCUUAAUGAUAUUUACAUCUCUAUUCGCACUUCGAUUGGAUGGCUUCAUAGAAUGGAGUUACUGGUCAAUAUUCAGUCCAAUAUGGUUCUGGAAAGGUAUGGUUAUUUUGGGCGCUGUAGUAGGAAGCUAUGUCUGGUGGAGACAUCCGCAUGCGAGAUUAGAAGGAGAUGCCUAUGUACAUUAUAAGGCAAUGUUGAUCACCUUGGCAUUACAUUUAAUUCUACUGAUGUUUGAAUUAUUAGUAUGCGACAAGUUAGAGUCUGAAAGACAUUUGUGGAUACUUGUAUUCAUCCCUUUGAUAUUUAUCUCAAUAGUAUCAAUUGCUGUUUGCAUAUGGGCUGUAAAACACGACCGGUCAUUUGAGCUCGAAUUAUUUUGUGCAGUGAAUGUGUUACAGUUCAUUUUUCUGGCGUUAAGAUUAGAUAAUUUUAUAACAUGGAGUUGGGAGGUUGUAUUUGUGCCACUGUGGGCACUUCUUUGCUUGUCAUUGGUGGCUGUUUUAUAUGCAAUAGUAUUUGCUGCCGUUUUACUAAGAACACCUCAGAUCAAUGCCCGACAGAGGCGGACCUCAUUGAAUUCAGCAUUAGCAUACACGUUUCUUGUUGUUCCCAUCUUAGUGUUCCAGGUUCUGCUAGCAAACAAAUUGGAUGGAGAUAUUUCAUUGAAUUAUACAACAGUUGCAAUGCCACUGCUUGUAUCGCAUAUGACCCUUAUUUUUAUGUCCUUUGGUGCAAAGGGUGGCAAUAGAUGGUGGUUUGGUAUCAGAAAGGACUUUUGUCACUUUCUGCUGGGUUUAUGUCCGUUGCUUCAGGAAUAUGGUAAUAUUUCGUAUCAACCGAGGGACGAACGAGAUCAGCCACCAUCUGAGCCAAUGAUUUCGGAAAAAGGUGAAAAGCUCAUUAAGAAAAUCGACCUAAUGAAACCUGUUGUGCCUAUAAUCUCUAUAGACAUGCCCGACUGAUUGGUUUGAAGCAGGGUUUACUCGGAUAUUUUAUAAGUGUUAUUCCCAACACAAUUGGCUUAUACAGAAGCCGGAUAUCGUGUGUAAAACAAGCAGGUAGUCGUCUAAAUGUUAAGCGCGCAUAAUUAAUUUAACUUUGCUUUGCUCUUAGGCCUUAUUAAUCAAAGAGACGGAAUUAUGCAGAUAUGUGUGUCAGCUGGGAUAUAAGACUGAGCAUCUCGCAUCUCUAGCAUUGUUGGAACGUUGAAGAAAUGUGGGGAGAAAAAGAAGCGUGGAAAAAGAAAGCGAGUAUAUUUAGGCAAGCAGUGUUGCUGUUAAAACGUUGCUGGACAUCGUAAUAUUGAAUGCCCGAUCAUUUAUUAUGUUACAAUGUAGAAAUAAUGUACAGACUGUUAUAUCGCAAUAACAUCACAUACACACACACACACACACACACACACACAAUAUAUAUAUAUAUAUAUAUAUAUAUAUACAUAUAUGAUAUCAUGAAUAUUGAAUAUUAUACAAGUCUACCGUAUGCGCGACAACGGCGAGCAACUGCUGGUAACAUUGUUAUUUUAUAUACAUAAUACAUGCAUAUACAUACAUAUACAUGGCGUAUGUAUGUAUGUAUAUAUAUAUAUAUAAAUAUAUAUAUAUAUAUAUAUAACACUUAAAAAUACUAUUAUAAUCUAAUAAAGUUUCUAUUUUUUGGUAUCAACGGCAAAACGAUGAAUUAAUUUCUACGAUACUGUUAAUUCGAAGUAUCUGUAUAGCAAUAUCGCAAUACGUAUGGUAUAUAUUGAGAUGUAUAUAGCAUAAUAAAUUCGUAAAUAUACACACAUAUGUGUAUAUAUAUAUAUAUAUCUCGAUAUUGUCUCUCCGAGACUCUGUGUUACAACGAUCCAAGUAUUUUGUGUUUAACAGCCUUACUACGGAUUAUUACUACGAGCGUUACAAACAUUACAAACAUGUGAACAAUUAUGUGCAUUGUGGCUGUUUCGUCCGGUGUUCCAAGAUCUUGUAAUUUUUGUAACUUGUACAGAAUAAUCUGUGAGAAAUAGAAUAGUACGUCGUGAAACA